ACACCCCGUUCAAGUACUGAGGGAUGCAGCUUGGCUUGUUUGCGUCCUGAUCCCUCUACCACCCCCAUCGGGCUACCCCUCCUCCCUAUCAGGAUUGAUAUCACUGGCGAAAAGAGAUUUUUGAAUUCGAGCAGUAGAACAGCCGCCAUGCUGGGAGAGACCAGCUUGUCACACUAAUGCCAGCUCCCUUGUGCUUUUAACUACCAGGAGGAACAGGACAAGGCUAUCAUUCACUCGGUGAGUUGGAAUCAUCCUCAGCUGUAUUCAACUGUUGGAUUCUGUGCUGAAAACCGGCAAUUUCAUGAAUCCGUAUUCACUAGUUGAAACCAUGAUGGACAACAUGAGAAUAUUGUAACUCUCCCUGAAGGAAGGCCUCUCCGUCUAGUAGAGCUUCGUGGAAGAGCUACAGCUUGCCUUCUCAGCAAUAUCUUGCUCCUCCUUUGGUAACUUGGAGUAACUGCACCCAGCCGUUUGCGAUGCUCCAUUGUGAUUCAUAGGAAACUUCACAUUACCGAAGAACCCUGAGUCCAACAUGGCAUUCAGUGUCCUCGGAGUGUUCUUGGGACUCCUACUGGAAGUGUCAACACAUGGCCCCACCAGCAUUCCACGGAUGUCCUGGAAACACCAAGAUGUCAAUUUGAUAGAAUUUUCAGAAGAAGGAAUCUUCAAUUAUUCCACAUUGUUGCUCAGUGAAGAAAAAGAAGUACUUUACGUGGGUGCGAGGGAAGCCAUCUUCGAGCUGAGCAUGAAAAAUGUGACUGUCAAGACCAAUAAGGUAAUAUGGAAAGUUCCUGAAAACCAUAUGUCAAUGUGCAUCUUAAAAGGAAAAUCUAAAGAGACAGACUGCCUAAACUACAUCCGGGUUCUACAAGUGCUCAAUGAUGACAGUCUAUAUGUCUGUGGGACACAUGCCUUUCAGCCUCUGUGUGACUAUCUGUCUCUCAAGGAUUUUAAACUGCUGGGGCAGCAGGAAGAUGGAAGAGGGAAAUGUUCCUUUGACCCUGCACAGAGCUUCACCACAGUUAUGGUUGAUGGAGAGCUUUACUCUGGAACUGCUUACAACUUCUUAGGAAGCGAACCCAUCAUAUCCAGAUAUUCUCUCUCUCAAAGUUUGCUGCGAACAGAGUAUUCAACGUCAUGGCUAAAUGAGCCCAGUUUUGUUUUCGCAGAUGUCAUCAGGGAAGGCAAGAACAGCUUAGAUGGUGAAGACGACAAGAUAUACUACUUCUUCACGGAGGUGUCAGUGGAGUACGAGUUUUUUGGCAAGCUGCUAAUCCCCAGGAUAGCCCGUGUCUGCAAGGGGGACUUGGGGGGACAGAGGACUCUGCAGAAGAAGUGGACCUCCUUUCUGAAGGCAAAGUUGGUCUGUUCCAUGCCCGAGCUCAAUUUUGUCUUCAACGUGGUCCAUGACGUGUUCAUCCUAAAGACCCCAGACUGGAAGGACACUGUCAUAUACGGUGUUUUCACAUCGCAGUGGGGAAAUGUUGGGUUAUCAGCAGUGUGUGCCUACAACAUGUCUUCAGUGGAGGAAGUGUUCUCCAAGGGGAAGUACAUGCAGAAGGCCACAGUGGAGCAGUCUCACACAAAGUGGGUGAGGUAUAAUGGAAUCACCCCCAGCCCUCGUCCGGGAGCGUGUAUCAACAACAACAAUCGACUGCAGAACAUCAACAGCUCGCUUCAUCUGCCGGAUAAGACCUUGCAGUUUGUCAAGGACCACCCUCUGCUGGAGGACCCUGUCCUUCCUAUUGGUAAUGGGCCCAAACUUAUCACCAAGGAUGUGAACUACACCCAGAUCGCUGUGGAGAGGGUCCAGGCCCUAGACAACAAUGUGUAUGAUGUCAUAUUCACAGGGACAGAUAAAGGAAUCUUGCACAAAUCCAUAGUCUAUGAUGGAGUAGUUCACACGAUCGAGGAGAUACAGCUUCUCCGUAAUGUAGAACCCAUAAAGACUCUGCUACUGUCUUCACAAGGGUUCCUUUAUGCUGGGUCAGACUCUGGGGUAGUGCAGUCCCCUACGGCCUUCUGCGACAAGUACACGUCCUGUGAGGACUGCGUGCUGGCGCGGGACCCCUACUGCGCCUGGGCCGCUGAUUCCGCGGCCUGCCUCAACAUAUUCCAGGCCCAGGACAUUACCCCACGGAACUUGAUACAAAGCCUUAAUGGUGAUGCAGACAAGUGCCCCAAUGUGAGGGGCCGGUCGCUAGAGCCCUACCACCAAGUUGUGGUGAAGCCAGGGAGCUCUGUGGAGCUGCCGUGCCACGUGGGGUCCAACCUGGCGCAGGCGGUGUGGACGGUUAACGGAAGCGCGCUGACGGAGGCAUCCAGGUUCCACCUGCUGGGCGAGGCCGGCCUGCUCAUCUACAGCAUGGCUCCCGAGGACCAAGGGCGGUACGAAUGCUGGUCCCUGGAGUGGGCCGGGGGCAAGAACUUUACCCGGCUGGUCACCGGCUACGCCCUGACUCUGUAUUCGGUUAAGAGGCCCCCCGCACCCGACCCCUCUACCCCGCACACCUCCACCGCAGCUCACAACCCCACCACGGCCACCGAAGGUAAUAGCAGCACCGCUGGACCCCUACUAACUUCAGCCCCCCCCAGCUCCGCUAACUUCAUCUCCCCGCCCCAGCCUGUGACAUCACUAACCCCAGCCCUGAGCAGCACGGUGGCCCUGCAGAAGCAUUCUUUCCCCAGCUCCGACGCCCCGCGCCCGGAGACUCACGACCCGGCCGCCGAGUACCUGCAGCACGACAGCGGCAACGCCCUCCUCUUCCUCUUCCUCCUCUUCUUCCUCCUCUUCCUGGCGGGCCUCAGCUACAACUGCUACAUGCAGUACCUGCCCGGCCCGUGCCUGAGGCUGCGCGCCGCCCUGCUGGGCAGCCAGAAGAAGCCCCAGCCCGAGUACCUGGCCUGCGAGGCGGGCCUCAUGGAGCCCGCGGCCGAGAAGCCGGAGCACACGGAGCUGCACCAGCACAACGGGGCCCAGCUGAAGGCCCUGAGGGACACCGGCUACGAGACCGAGCCCGAGUGCGGGAACGGCAAGGUCCCCUCCCUGGAGUACGGGGACGAGAGCCCGCCCAAGGAGAGGCCGUUCGACGUGGAGUGCGAGUCGCACCCUAUUGAGUAUGCCGAUGCAGAUGUGCCCUACUGAUAGCAACACCAGUCCUCCGUUUCUCCACUCUUACCCUCCGCUUUUCCUAGCUGUGGUUCUGCUCUACCUGUGUAUUCCAUAUGAAGGUCUUUCUUUUGCUCUGUCUGAAAAACACAGGCACACAAAGGCAUUAUAGAUAUGUAUUUGUGCAAACAUUGAUUUAGUUGAAUAGGAGGCAAGGCAGAUGAUUACUGUUGUGGGCCUCUGUCUUGUACAGAUUCAUUGGGCUCUUUAUGGCUUAAUGUUGAGGACCUACUAAAAUGCUUUUAUUAAUAUAAUUCCUAGAUUUGAACAAUCCCGCAUUGCACUCCGCAUUGCUUAGCAAGAAAUCAGUUUGAUUUCCAAAUUGGAAACAUGGUUUACCAAAUUGGUAAGUUGACGGGAUGUUUUCCAAAUUGGAGUAAGUUACAUUUUAUAUUUUGUAAGAUUUAGGGGCGAAAGUAGUUUUCAGGAUAUUUGUACAUUCAAAAUUACCAUCAUAUUAGAUGUGGGCUGACGGCUCUCAUUCUCUCUGAUAUUUUAUGUGUUGGUGAUUCUCAGGGAUGUGCCAUUCUUCACUUUGUUUCUCCACAAAUUUCUAAAUACCAUAUAAGCGCGCCUGCAAUCGCUGUGUGCAUGUAGACACUGUGGAGUGCUAAGAGCUUGCACUGAAAGACCAAAGUUACUGGCCAAUCUGGGAAUACAGAAAGGUACGACGUGGAGAAAUAAAUAUAGAAAAUGAACAAUGGGCGAAAACAUGCAGGUAUUAGUGACCACUCUGAGCCAAGUAAUUGUGAAGAAGUGCUUUUUUUCUGUGAAACAGAACUCUGGAGUUUUGAACCCCAAAACUGGAUUUAUUUGUGGGAGCCAUUUUGACCCUGACCGUGUUGGGCACCUUGCAGCUGGGGAUGAGAAACGCAGCAUUAGCGUGGUUUUUGUGGCUGUGGUAAUGAAAGCCGCUCGAUAUGGCGCUACAGAGUGUGGUCUGCCAGGCCAAACACUGGACAACUGGACUGCUGUCACGAGCAAGCUAACAGGUUCUUCUGUAGCCAGUAGAGUUUUCUCAUCCCACUGUUCCAAUAUUUAACAUUUUAACAUUUGCCAAGAGGUGAUCCUGUGAAUAAAAAUAACUGAGGAAAUAUUCUAAUGCGUAGAGCAAAGAAUGCACAGCCAUGUAAACCUGUACUGGAAUUUUUUUUUUUGUGUGUGUGUGAAUGUGUUACAUGUAGCUGUAAGACUCAUUUUUUUCUAACAGUUCAUGCUAUAGCUAUACAAUGAACAAUGGGAUGGCAACAUUUAUAUGUUUAUCCUGAAACCUGGGCUUGGAAAUGCUGUUUUUAUUUUGCUUUACCAUUUUGAAUUUCAAAGAAAUAUUAUUUAAUGUUUUUAAAAAAUCAUUUUUU